AUGAAUAUAAGAGAGUCAUCUCUCAUUACUUUCGUCAAGAGACACUCCGAGACACAUUUUGCCAAUAUAAAGUACGGUUACUAUGUGUUGGUAAUAUCGCUGGCUUAUCUCGUUAUAUUGGCUCUUCUAAGAGCGUUCGGAACAGGAACGCCAGCCAGGUCAGCAUCACCGAUCAAAAAUAAGAUAGCUUACCGGUUUUAUAACAUAGAUCCCGCAGUUCACUUGGGUAUGCUGUUUUUUGCACUUUUAAUUCCCUUUUAUUUCCAUUAUUCCCUAACCACGCAAACUGCAGUGUAUUUGAAAAGAUUAGGAAGAUUGAGCUAUGCUUUGGUUCCGUUGAAUUUAUUCCUUACUUUGAGACCUAAUUGGGUACUCAGGAAAAAUUGCGCCUACGUUGACUUUAUACCGCUCCAUAAGUGGUUUUCACGUCUUAUCACAGUGAUUGGCCUCCUCCAUGGUGUUUUUUUUAUUAUCAAAUGGGCCAUGGACGAUACUGUUUCCCUGAAGCAGAAAUUGAUUUUGAAAACUUUCAACUUUGUGGGGUUUAUAAUAUCGAUCUUGAUAGUUUUUCUGCUUAUUUGUUCGAUUGGACCUAUGAGAAGAUACAACUACAACCUGUUUUAUAUUGUGCACAACCUGGUGAACCUAGCGUUUAUCUUUCUUGUUCCCAUACAUUCGAGACCAGGAGUUAAGUUCCCAUUUCUUCUGCUGAACUCUCUUCUAUUACUUGUUCACAUCAUUAAUAGAGUGAUGUCUGCAAGACCGCAAAUGAUUUUGAGCAAGAAUUCAAAUUAUUCAAAAACAAAUUUAGUGCACGUAAAAUUUCCGAGAGCCGCCCUUCCAAAUUACUUUGAACCAGGUUCCCAUAUCAGAAUAAGCCCCUACAGGAGAAUUAAUCCGCUUUACUGGCUAUUACCGUCGCAUCCAUAUACGGUUGCGUCUUUAGCAGAGGACGAUUCGAUUAAUCUUAUUAUAAAGGAGACUUCAACAGCUGAGCAAGGUAGCAAACUCGAGGCGCUUCGUAGCAAUACAAAAUCUUUUCAUUUGGAGCAAGAAAAAAACUACACGAUAAUCAGUUGUUAUCCUCCUUCUAUACCUGAAAAAUGUUUCCCCCAAGGUACGAACAUAGCCGUAGUGUGCGGUGGGUCUGGUGUAUCUUUUGGCUUACCAAUAUUCAGGCAUUUUUUUAACAAGGAAAAUGUAAAGUACUUGAAAAUGAUUUGGCUGAUAAAGCAUUAUUCUGAAUAUGAACUUAUUUUGGAUUACCUAAAGGCAAACGGUAUAAAUUUUGAAAAAAAAGUUCCCGAUAAUAAGAAGUUUUCAGUAUUCAUUAGUGGAAACUGCGAGGUGCAAACACGUCAAAACGAAGCUACUAAUAUCGAAGAUGAGAAUUCAGAAUAUGAAAUGGGGUCUUUCACCAAUGAAGAUGAAGACCUCUCAAUUUCUAAUCUCAACUCAGAAAAUGCCUACAGUAAUGAUAAUACAUCAGACACAAGUCACAGUCCGACGUUAGAGAACAGAAACUUGAUCGAGGUAAAAUCUAAGCGUACUUUCACUCUUUUGAACGAAUUAAAGGAUUUUCAGAAUGAAAGCACAGAGGCGGAUGAGGAUGAAACAUGGCUGUUUUCAUGUGGUCCUCCAUCGUUACUGCAGCUGACUAAGGAAUAUUGCCAAAACGAGAAAAUUAAUUUUGUUUCUGAGACCUACGGCCUGUGA